UGCAAAUGCUGGGAAUAAUUUAAUUCACGAAAUGGGAGACCUGAAGUCGGGUUUUGAAGAGGUGGAUGGCGUGAGGCUCGGCUACCUCAUCAUUAAAGGAAAGCAAAUGUUUGCACUCUCCCAGGUUUUUACAGACCUGCUCAAAAACAUCCCGCGAACUACCGUGCACAAGCGAAUGGAUCAUUUAAAAGUAAAAAAACAUCAUUGCGACUUGGAGGAGUUGAGGAAACUCAAAGCCAUCAACUCCAUCGCUUUCCACGCCGCCAAAUGCACCCUGAUCUCCAGAGAGGACGUGGAAGCCCUAUACACAUCCUGCAAAACCGAACGGGUUCUUAAAACGAAACGGAGGAAACUAAGCCGGGCGCUGUCUGCCACGGAUCUGCGGCCGGAGCUCGCUCCCGCCGACCCCUUCUCCGGCUUCUGGAAGGAGAACAAACUUUGGCUGGGUCUGAGCGACUCUCCUCGGCCGCUGCUGCCCGUCCGGAGGAAAGCUCUGCGCCCGGGGGACACAGCCUUGCUACCGGCCGCUCAUCUACCUCACAUUUUUAGUAAAUACACUGGCCACAGCUACCCAGAAAUCGCUCGGGCGCCUUGCAAAUCCCCCGUAAACUAUGAAACGGCGCCGGCGGUGGGCGGCUGCGUGCCCCUGCGCUCCCGCCGCCCGCUCGCCUCCGCGGCGCGGCCCCGGCUUCCGACCCCCCAGGAGGAGGACAGCACCUCGGACUCCGACUCCAGCUCGGUCUCCAGCCAGGUUUCGGUGCAGAGCAUCCGCUUCAGGCGCACCAGCUUUUGCAGCCCGCCCGGCGUAGUCCACGCCAACUUCUUGUACCAUCUGCCCGCUCCGGCGCUGCGCUGCUCCGGCGGCCUGGGGAGCUGCUUCGCGGAGAUAAGAGACGAUAGGGUAUCCGAACUCACAUUCCCACACUCUGAAUUUUCCAAUAAUGCCAAGAGUACUGACCUAACAAUUAACUGUGUUGCAAAGGGGGCCUCUUCACCUAGCCCAAAGACAAACAAUGCAUUUCCACAACAAAGAAUACUCAGAGAGGCAAGGAAAUGCCUUCAAGCAACUACUACACACCGUGCAGAUAACAAUACAAUAGCUGCUAGGUUUUUAAAUAAUGAUUCUUCAUCAGCGGCAGCAAAUUCAGAGAAAGAUUCCAAAAUCCUUCAUUGUAUUGAAUUUGCCACGGAUUUGCCCUCUUUACAAACUGAUCCUGCGGAGGAUGCUGCUUCUCCAGGGGCAGCAGCAGCAGCUGAGCUCCAGUGCACUGAUACAGGCAAUAAGGCAUUGCCAUUCCUGCACAGCAUUAAAAUCAAAAUAGAGGACAGCAGUGCGAACGACGAGUAUGAGCCUGAUCUUACAACACAUAAGCUAAAGUGUGAGUGCAAUGAUACUAAGGAUGAGUUUUACGGUGUGACUGAGAGUAAUAACCAGGACGCUUUAUUAACAGCCAAGGAAGAUUCUGCAUGCACUGAGAAAGAAACCACUUCCUUAAACCCACUGACUCAGAGUCAGGUCCUCUCAUGCACUUUAGGUACUCCAAAACCUGAGGAUGGGGAGUAUAAAUUUGGAGCAAGGGUGAGAAAAAAUUACAGGACACUGGUUUUGGGAAAGCGACCUGUACUGCAGACUCCUCCAGUCAAACCAAAUUUGAAAUCAGCUCGAAGCCCACGUCCUACAGGUAAAAUCGAGACACAUGAAGGAACACUGGAUGAUUUUACAGUUAACAAUAGACGCAAAAGGGUAGCCAGCAAUGUAGCAUCAGCAGUGAAAAGGCCAUUUAAUUUCAUGGCAAAUUUUCCCUGUCCACCAUCACUAAUUAUUGGCAAUGAUGGGGAUUUGUUGCCAGCUUAUUCCUUAAACACCACUAAGGAUUCCCAACCACCUCACAAGGCCCAUCCUGUAUGGAAAUGGCAGCUGGGCGGUUCUGCAAUACCUCUUCCACCUAGCCACAAAUUCAGGAAAUUUAAUUAAUAAAGUAGUUUGGAAAAUAUU